UUGGUGAAUGGUUGCGCGGGGCUUAUCCAAUGAAUCGCGAAAGAGAGUGUGAAUGAGAGGCAUUAAGGAGCAUAAGCAAGCAACAAACGCAGUGGGAACUAAGUUGCACACAAUAGAAUAGAAAUGCAGGCACAUUUACACAGUUUGCUACGCCCACACUCACUCCCUUCGUUUCCAAAACCACUCACCUUCUCCUCCUCUUCUUCCAAGAAAAACCUCCCUCUGCAAUCUUCAACUUUCACCAGGCCUAUCUCCGCUUGCAUUUUCCGAAAUGUAUCCAAAUUGCGCAUGCUCCUUUCCCCUCCUCGCUGCAACCAACCACCGCGUUUUGAAAUUGAUCACAAGCUUCGCGGUACAACACAGGGAUUCACUCGUGUUUGCAAGAAUUCAGAAGAUGCUGGCAAAGCCAAUCCGGAAUCUUCUUCAGGAGAUAAUGGAUCCACCGGACUUCUCAAGUUUAUGCUGUUCUUCGCGUUCCUCACACUUCAAGACUCUCAUCCAGCAGCUGCUUCUGAUUUCGCCGCCGGUUUGAAUCCGAUUUCCAUUUUUGGAGAUUUCGGUGACAUAAGCACAGGUUUUGCUUCAGCCUUUCUGCUAAUCUUUUUCUCUGAACUGGGAGACAAGACCUUCUUCAUCGCAGCGCUCUUAGCUGCUAGGAAUUCAGCUGGUGUUGUUUUCGUUGGGACAUUUGGUGCACUUGCGGCAAUGACUCUCAUAUCUGUUGUUCUUGGACGAACUUUUCACUAUGUUGAUGAACUCUUGCCGUUCAGGUUUGGGGAAACUGAUUUACCUGUUGAUGACAUUGCUGCUGUUUGCCUUUUGGUGUACUUUGGGGUCUCUACCCUGCUGGAUGCCUCAUCUAGUGAUGGCCAAAAAUCAGAUGAUGAGCAAAAGGAGGCAGAGCUAGCUGUUUCGGAGUUCUCUGGAAAUGGUGCUGGGAUACUAGCUGCCGCUAGCACAGCUGCCAGCACUUUUCUCUUAGUCUUUGUUGCUGAAUGGGGUGAUAAAUCAUUUUUCUCUACGAUUGCCCUUGCAGCAGCUUCUUCACCCCCUGGAGUUAUAGCCGGAUCACUUGCUGGUCACGGUGUUGCAACUCUGCUAGCUGUACUUGGGGGCUCUUUACUGGGAACAUUUUUGUCAGAGAAGGUCAUUGCCUACAUCGGAGGUGUUCUCUUUCUGGUCUUCGCUGCAGUAACCUUAUUUGAAAUUGUGCAAUAGAGGUCAAAAGAUAUAAGCUCAGGGCUCUAUAUAAAGACAUCAAGAACUCACUGAUCUUCGGAGUUUUAUCCGUACUACCUUUGUAAAAUUUUGUUAAUGACAUCUACAGGAAAAAAAUCACAUUGUACUAGUAUCUCCUUCAGGAAUAGUUGAUCUACCUUUCAUAGCAACCCUCAUAAAUUAUGCCCUGUUAAUUAUUGUAAAAUUUGUUGUUUUAUUUUAAACAAAUGAUGUCGCAUUUUUUUAAAUUUAUAAACAAGAGGUGCAAAUGCCUAACUAUAAAGGUUAAUGGAUGUUUGGAACAAUGUUGAUUGCUUUCAAACAUGGGUUUACACUAUAAAUGCAGUUAAUAUGAAAAUUGGGGUAUGGUUAUUUAUCAAGCAGGAAUAUAUAUGUAUCAACUGUGUCAGACAUGGGUUACUAAUUGUAACAUGCAGGCCUAAUGCACCUUUUCAAUGAGGCUUGAACUUGGCCAUCUUGGAAAGCUUAUCAACUGCCUCUAUCAAAUGGUCAACCCUUGCCACAAACUCGACCAGUGAGGAAAUGAAGUUGGCCAGUGACAGGGCUGCGGUACUCUCCAAGGCUCUCAUCCUAGGUAACAACUCUGUGGUUGUCCCUAUAUUCUCUUCAAAGGCUCCCACUUCACUACAUGGCCAAGAAUAUUGUCUUCUCAACUGUUUCCUCAUUGAUUGUUCUGGUGGUAU